GCUGUAGGCAGGAGAAGCUGUAGGCAGGCGGACUGUAGCCGGGGGCCGGUCUGCAGGCACGGUCCCCGCUGUCCCCGCAGCAGCUGGGCUGUAGGCAGGGGCAGGCAGGCUGUAGCGGGGGCCGGGCUGUAGCCGGGGGCAGCUGCAGGCAGGGUCCCCGCAGUCCCGGGCGCGGCGCUGGCGCUGCCGCAAAGGCUCUCCGGGGAGGAGUAUUGUCCCCCGCCGCUCGCCGUGCGGGAGGCGUGCCGGGGGCCGGCUGAGAUGGGAGAGAGCAUGUCCAAGCGGCUGAAGCUGCAGCUGGGCGGCGAGGCGGAGAUGGAGGAGCGGGCGUUCGCCAACCCCUACCCCGACUACCCGGGAGGCGCCGAGGCGCCGCUCCCGCCGCAGGACGAGUCCCUCCCGUUCGGCUCCGAUGGGAAGGUCAGUGCUCGGUUCUCAAAACGGAUCCAGACAAAAAUAAAGGACCUCCUGCAACAAAUGGAGGAAGGGCUGAAGACGGCUGAUCCGCAUGACUGCUCUGCCUAUACUGGCUGGACUGGUAUUGCCCUCUUAUAUCUGCAACUCUACCGUGUCACGAAAAACCAGAGCCAUUUGCAGCGAUCUCUUGAUUAUGUGAAGAGAAUCCUUCGCAAUCUGAAUGGCAGAAGAGUCACUUUCCUCUGUGGUGAUGCUGGGCCACUGGCAGUGGGUGCAGUGGUUUACCACAAGCUGAAAAAUGACAGUGAAUCUAAAGAAUGUAUUGCCAAGUUGUUGCAGCUCCAAAGGACAGUCACAAGCACAGAUGCUGAACUUCCAGAUGAGCUGCUUUAUGGCAGAGCAGGUUACUUAUAUGCCUUGCUGUACCUGAAUACUGAAAUUGGUCCGGACACUGUCCCACAGUCUGUUGUCAAAGAGGUAGUAGAUGCUAUUAUUGAAUCGGGGAAAAACUUUUCAAAGGAGGAGCGGAAAACAGACCGUUGUCCUCUGUUGUACCAGUGGCACAGGAAGCAAUAUGUUGGAGCGGCCCACGGGGUGGCUGGAAUCUAUUACAUGCUCAUGCAGCCAAUUGCAAAUGUGGACCAGGAGACCCUGACGGAGCUGGUGAAGCCAAGCAUUGACUAUGUGCGUCAUAAAAAAUUCAGAUCUGGGAAUUACCCAUCAUCACUGAGCAAUGAGACAGACAGACUGGUGCACUGGUGCCAUGGGGCCCCCGGGGUCAUCCACAUGCUCAUGCAAGCUUAUAAGAUUUUUAAAGAAGAUAAAUACUUGAAAGAUGCUAUGGAUUGUAGCGAUGUUAUCUGGCAGAGAGGUUUAUUGAGAAAAGGAUAUGGAAUCUGCCAUGGUACUGCUGGCAAUGGCUACUCCUUCUUGUCUCUUUAUAACCUAACUCAGGACAAAAAGUACCUCUACCGAGCUUGCAAGUUUGCUGAAUGGUGUUUGGAGUAUGGUGCACAUGGAUGUCGUAUUCCUGACCGACCUUAUUCUCUCUUUGAAGGCAUGGCUGGAGCUAUUCACUUCCUUUCAGAUAUUUCAGUACCGGAGACUUCCCAGUUUCCAGCGUUUGAACUUGGACCUCAAAGGAGGGAAAACAAAGUGGAACAGGACAGCUAAGAGAUCAUUUUGAAAGAAAACUGAUGCCAAAAGAGAUGAGACUGUUUAGUGCCUCUGAUACUGAACCAACUCGACCCUGAACCGAUGGAUGGAUAAACCCCUUUUCUCAACCCUCCCUACCCCAAAGAAACAUGAAGUCAUUAGAGCAUGAACGGGAGAAGCCACGUUUAAGUUCUGUUGAAGUGACACCUUCAGAUGUAGGACAAGAGAAGUCAAGUUUUGAACUUCCUCUCCUGUUGUAUUUGUCUUCUUCAGGUCUUUGACAUGCUCUGCAUGUUUAUUGGUGUUGUCUGUUGAUUCGUGUCUUUUGUCGUUAGCAAAAAGCUGGUAUCUGUGUGAAUCCCUGUCCUCUACCUUCACACAUGACUCACAACAGCAGUAUUGGUUUCUGCAGUGUGGUUAACCAGAGUUCCACCUUUUGCCACAGAGUUCGCUGCAGGACAGUGCCUAGCUACUCUGCGGAGCAGGCAAAUUUAAAAAGAGAUAAAAAAAGGGUUUAUGUUCAUGUUUUUCUGCACAUUCUCUACAGUCCCUAGAAGCUAAGGUGAUAGAGAUGAGGGUUUUUUGAUGAAGAGGUAUGAGGCUAUCUCAGUUGUUAGAAACUCAGUGGCUUGGGUGGGGCCUGACUUCUCUUCUGUUGCUGUUGUGGGAGGUUUUUUUGAAAGCCUGAAAGAGAGGUUUCCUUUGAUACCUGCACUUGGUUAGUGUGUUAGGCAUUUACAGCGGCGUGGAGAGGCUUGUCCCCAUCUCUGCAAAGCCUCAGCUCCUGGCAUGAGCUUUACAAACGGAAGGUGGAGUCACCCAUACUAACCUCCUGCUGUCCUGCAGGGACAGCUUAACUGUUGCUCCUCUUCUGUACAUGGAUUUGUAAUAAACCUGCCCUGUGGCAUCUAGUACACAAAUGAAUAAGAGAGAGUGCCAGGGCAGUUUCUCAUGCUGGUAGCUUGGGAUGAGUGCUGCUUCCAAACCAUGGCGGUGACUUGUGCUGGGUCCUUUUCUCCUUUUCUGAGCCCUGCUGCAUUUGGCCUUUAUGGUAUGACAGGAGCGAUAAAUACCAGCUGCUUGUGGAGGCCACAGAAGAUGAACGAGCAAUAUAAAACUAUGCUAGAUUUUGUAAUUGAUGUUUUCAUCUUAAAAUCCAAACAGAAAAGGCCCUUUGCCCUUAGUUUUAACUGUGCUGCUAGCGCUUUGCUUCCCCCUUGUAGUGUGGUGGGGUUGUGAAAUACUAGACCUGCCUCCAGAUGCUUCUGAGUAUCAGGCUCCUGGUUUGGAAGAAGUGGGACACACUGGACGUACACUGACAGCAGGCUUAUUUGUUCCAGAUAGUGAGCACGCUUGCUGCUUUGGAAGGGUUAGGUGGAGCAUACACUUACUCAUUUAGGCUCUGUUGUCAUCUUCCUCCAGGUCUCCUUGUGCUCUAUAAUUCCAGGUGUUUAUUUUAAUUGAUGCCUCCUAUUGAAACGGAGUGUGACAGAUGGCAGAGACUUUGACCUUUCAGGCUUGCGUUGGCAUAUAUGUGACCUGUGGGCCAUCUGCUGAGCGCAAGUCUUUGCAGGCAGGCUUGAAGAUGCACUGUGUUGCUCCUGUGUGGAGCAGGUAAAUUCCUUGAACUUUACAGUGUCUGUUGCCAAAUCCAUUGGGAUGUUAAUGAUUUCCAUAUCUGGUUCUGCUGGGCAAGAGUAGCAGUGCCACUGCGAGGACAGCUUAAUGUGACAGUGUAUCUCUCUUCUGCUCCUUUGUCAGGUAGGGCUAAAAUAUGGAAGCAGUAAGAGAGAUGUCUUUUUCCACCCCUCUGGCAAAGGGCAGAAGAUUGGAGGGGGUUGGGGGGCUGCACCAAACCCCAGCUGCAUCUCUACAGCCAGGGACGAGGGGAAGGUGUUGAGAGACAACUGCGAGUGAGGGAAGCUGCAUGACAAGCACCAAACCUGAGCAGAACGGCAGAAAGCAAAGGGAUCAGAAAGGAACAGGGAGAGCUGGCAAUAGGAGGCAAUUCAGAGUGUACUAGUCGAGGUCAUCUCAAAUGACAUGUGCCUUCGUGGCAAGCAUGCUAAGGUCUAACUCUUUCUUCAGCUUGUGGAUCACUGAUCCAGCCCAUAGUUAAGCCAAUGAAGAAAUUUGCCCAGGGUGAAAUCUCACAGAAAUUUUAACAAAAGAGGCAGCUCUGAUACUGUUUCACAUCACCCCCCACUCCUUUUUCAACUUCCCUUCUCCUGUGACUGCAGAGCAGGUGGGGUGAGUUAACAGGGAAGGGCCUUGCCAGGUCUGCAGGAACCAAGUGCCUGCAAGCACAAAACAGAAGCCACCAGCCUUCCCAGCAAAUCCCCAGUAUGUGUUGUACUGACCACCUAACUAGGCAGUCAAUGGGCAGGUUUUUCCAUUCAGUGAUUAUAUACAUGUAGGCCGCCUUAGUUGCUGAGCUUGGAAUGACACCUGUGGGAGGUGCUUUUGGCUUGCUGGAGCCCAAGGGGAAUUAAAACUUGCUGGUUUAAAAAAUUUAGAGGUAUAUACACGCUUAAACCAGCUUAAUACUGAGCAGAUCUCCAAGAUGCUUGAGUGCACCCGUCAAAACAAUGAACAGGUCGCUACCAGCUCUUUCUGUACCACAGCCAGCCUUCUGCUGCACUGUCUCUCUGGAGAAUCCUCUUGGAAUUCAGCAAGCCUGGAAACUUAAUGUAUUGAAUCAAGAAGCAUCUGACAGUGCGUCUGCCUCUUCUAACGUGACUUUCCCUGUGGCUUCUCCUUUCUCUCUUUGUCACAGCAUUGUGACAAUUAGUUGGCUGAUAAGAAGGGAUAUUGUGUGAAGGUAAAACAAUGCAGUUCACCAAGACAUUGUUUUCAGAAAUCACAUCAAACUGAAAAUGUGGAAAAUGUCUUAAUAUUCCCUGGUUUGCUUUGUCCGUGUGUAAUAGUCCAUCUGUUGCAAAAAGCAGUAGUGUUAAAAAUGGAGAUGCAGAUGC